AUGAAUAAUGGCAGGAUACGGAAGCUGGAUGAGCUCGUAGUUAAUACAAUAGCAGCUGGAGAGAUCAUCCACAGACCUGCAAACGCUAUCAAAGAGAUGUUGGAAAACUCCUUAGACGCAGGAGCAACAAAUAUAAAGAUAACUAUAAAAGACGGUGGAUUAAAGUUACUACAAAUUCAAGACAACGGCGGCGGAAUAAGCAAAGAAGAUCUACCAAUUCUUUGUGAACGCUUUACGACGUCAAAGAUACGAAAGUUUGAGGAUUUACAAACUGUAUCGACGUUUGGAUUCCGCGGUGAGGCUCUAGCAUCUAUUUCACAUGUUGCACAUCUAUCAAUCCUUACAAAGAAGGUCGAAGAUAAUGCGGGUUGGAAGGCUAAUUAUUCAGAUGGCAAGCAAAUCGGCGAAGCUAAACCAACAGCCGGGAACAAGGGCACUAUUAUUAGCGUAGAAGACCUGUUCUUUAACGUCCCGAUGCGCAGAAGAGCACUCAAGAGUGCCAAUGAGGAGUACAAUAAGAUUGUCGAUGUUGUCACAAAGUAUGCCGUUCAUAACCCGACGGUAUCAUUCGUAUGCAAAAAGGUGAACGCUAAUGUUCCAGAGAUAUCCACUUUAUCGAGAUCGACGACAGUUAUGAACAUAAAAGCGCUUUUCGGACAACAGGUAUCAAAAGAGUUACUGAGGUUCGAAAGUGAGGAUCAGGAACUGGAUUACAAGUGCUCGGGAUAUGCAACAUCCACUAAUUACGCAUCGAAGCGUACAACUAUGUUGCUUUUCAUAAAUCAUAGAUUGGUAGAUUGUCCGCCUUUGAAGAAGAGCCUGGAGAAUGCGUAUAGUGCUCUAUUACCAAAGGGGUCACAUCCUUUUGUUUACGUGGAUCUGGAAAUACCUCCUCAAAAUAUAGAUGUUAAUGUACAUCCAACGAAAUCACAGGUUCAUUUUAUAAAUGAGGAUGAAAUAAUUGAACAUUUGGUAGACGCAUUAAGUAUCAAAUUGUCUAGUUCUAAUACUUCAAAGAGCUAUGAUGUGCAAACGUACCUUCCAAAACCAAUGCCUAUAGCUCAGAUAUCAAAUCCCAAGUUCAUUGCUACUUUUGCUAAACCUGCUCCUAAAGCUCAAGUACGUACAGACGGUACGACAAGAACACUCGAUUCAUUUAUACCAAUAACGCAAAAAUCAUCAUCGCCACCUCCGCCUAAAGCAUCUGCAUCUACAUCGAGGAUUACGUCUACGCCAUUAAAGAGACCUGCUGAAGAGACACCACAACACACACCUGCAUCGACCCAAUCUAUGAGAACACCUAUAGAAAAGGUAAAAAGCAACAAGAAUAACCUCACAUCAGUACGGAAUCUCAGACAGGCAGUUAUCGAUAAUAAAAAUGAGGAUGUUGCGCGAAUGAUAAAAAAUCAUACUUUCGUUGGUUUUGUGGAUAUGUCUAAACAUUUAGCAUUGAUUCAGCAUAAUACGCAGUUGAUCAUGUUAGAUUACAAAUUCUUCGCUUAUGAGCUUUUCUAUCAGAUUGCCCUAAACCAAUUUGGUAACAUGGCCAAGUUUGAACUCAACCCACCUCCUAACAUACGGAUACUAAUCGAGAUAGCUUUAAAAGCUGAAGAAGAGAAUAUCUUAGAGAGCGGUGGUGAAGUUUCACUAAUAUUAGAAAUAGUGAACUUGCUUACCAGUAAGGCGAGAAUGCUUGAUGAGUAUUUCUCAAUAACGAUAAACGAGAGUGGGGAAUUAGAGCGUUUGCCAUUACUCUUGAAGGACUACACCCCAGAUAUAAAUGCUAUACCGACACUUCUAAUGAACCUUGGGCCAUUGGUAAAUUGGGAAGAUGAACAAGAGUGCUUCGACCAAAUACUCAAACAAUUAGCAUUGUUUUACACUCCUUCCAAGGAAAACAGUGAAGCUGUUAGAUGGCAAAUUCAACACGUAUUGUUUCAAUCAAUGGUGAAAAAUUUAACACCUUCAGAUAGUCUAAACGCGAUCACAGAGGUGACAAGUUUACAAAAUUUAUAUCGCAUAUUUGAGCGUUGCUAGAAUAACUGUAGUUUAUAUUUAAUGUAUUUCUUUACUGUU